GAACAAUGCAUGUAAGUCUUUGACACCAUGAUAUCCAUCAGGCAAAGAAAAGGAGUAAAAACCACAGAAGUUUCUGAGGAUUUUGCAGCACAAGAAGAAAAUGUGAAGUUGGAAAAUAAAUUGCCAUCUGGUUGUACCAAUAGAAGAUUAUGGAAGAUUCUGUCAUUUACGGUUGGAGGAACAGUUGCCCUUUGCAUUGGACUUCUUACAUCUGUCUACCUGGCCACUUUACAUGAAAAUGAUUUAUGGUUUUCUAAUAUUAAGUUGUAGUUCUGUAUCCUGUUUCUACAGUGACAGUAGAUCUUUAAAGAAACUAGGUCAUGUAACCCAGUCGAGCUACCUUCUUUUCAGGAAGUAGAGCGGGAGAUCUCCUUCAGGACAGAGUGUGGACUGUACUACUCCUACUACAAGCAGAUGCUGCAGGCUCCCACCCUCACACAAGGUUUUCAUGGCUUAAUAUAUGAUAACAAAACUGAAUCUAUGAGGACAAUUAACCUCCUUCAAAGAAUGAAUAUUUACCAAGAGGUUUUUCUCAGUAUUUUAUAUAGAGUUCUACCCAUACAGAAAUAUUUAGAGCCAGUUUAUUUUUAUAUUUACACUUUAUUUGGACUUCAAGCAAUCUACGUCACAGCGCUUUAUAUAACCAGCUGGCUCCUUAGUGGUACGUGGCUGUCAGGACUAUUAGCAGCUUUCUGGUAUGUCACCAAUAGAAUAGAUACUACAAGAGUUGAGUUUACCAUCCCAUUGAGGGAGAACUGGGCACUGCCAUUCUUUGCAAUUCAGAUAGCAGCAAUUACAUAUUUCCUGAGACCAAACUUACAGCCUCUUUCUGAAAGGCUGACACUUCUUGCCAUUUUCAUAUCAACUUUUCUCUUUAGUCUGACAUGGCAAUUUAAUCAAUUUAUGAUGCUGAUGCAAGCGCUAGUGCUGUUCAUACUGGACUCCUUGGACAUGCUGCCAGCAGUGAAGGCGACGUGGCUGUAUGGUAUACAGAUAACAGGUUUACUCCUGGUCUGCAUUCUUCAGUUUCUUAACUCCAUGAUUCUUGGAUCAUUGCUUAUUAGUUUUAACCUUUCAGUAUUAAUUGCAAGAAAACUUCAGAAAAAUCUGAAAACUGGAAGCUUCCUUAAUAGGCUUGGGAAACUUUUGUUACAUUUAUUUGUGGUUCUCUGUUUGACGCUUUUUCUCAACAACAUUAUUAAGAAAAUUCUUAACCUGAAGUCAGAUGAACACAUAUUUAAAUUUCUGAAGGCAAAAUUUGGGUUUGGAGCAACAAGAGAUUUUGAUGCAAAUCUGUAUCUUUGUGAAGAAGCUUUUGGCCUCCUGCCUUUUAAUACAUUUGAAAGGCUUUCAGAUACUCUGCUUUUUUAUGCUUACUUAUUUGUUCUGUCCAUCACAGUGAUUGCAGCGUUAGCUGUUGCCUUCCACAAUCUCAGUGAUUCUACAAAUCAACAAUCCAUGGGUAAAGUGAGAAAGUGCACAAUCGGCCUGAAACCAGAAACUGCCUACAACUUAUUACAUACCAUUCUGUUUGGAUUCUUGGCCUUGAGUACAAUGAGAAUGAAAUACCUCUGGACGUCACACAUGUGUGUGUUUGCCUCGUUUGGCUUAUGCAGCCCUGAAAUAUGGGAGCUACUUCUGAAGUUGAUACGUCUUUAUAACCCAAAGAGGAUCUGUAUAAUGCGAUAUUCAGUACCGAUAUUAAUACUGCUGUAUCUGUGCUAUAAGUUCUGGCCAGGAAUGAUGGAUGAACUCUCCGAGUUGAGAGAAUUCUAUGAUCCAGAUACAGUGGAGCUGAUGAACUGGAUUAACUCUAACACUCCAAGAAAGGCUGUGUUCGCUGGAAGCAUGCAGUUGCUGGCCGGAGUUAAGCUGUGCACGGGAAGGACCUUGACCAACCACCCGCACUAUGAAGACAACAGCCUGAGAGAGCGAACCAAAGCGGUUUAUCAGAUAUAUGCCAAGAGGUCUCCAGAGGAGGUGCAUGCCCUCCUGAGGUCCUUCGGCACUGACUACGUGAUUCUGGAAGACAGCAUCUGCUAUGAGCAGAGGCACCGCCGGGGCUGCCGGCUGCGCGACCUGCUGGAUGUCGCCAAUGGCCACAUGAUGGAUGGCCCAGGAGAGAAUGAUCCUGAUUUGAAACUUGCAGGCCACCCUCGCUUCUGUGAAGAGAUAAAAAGAAACCUGCCUCCCUACGCAGCAUACUUCACUCGAGUGUUUCAGAACAAAACAUUCCACGUUUACAAGCUGUCCAGAAACAAGUGACAGAGCUUUCUGCUCAAGCUCUACUUUUGAUAGGUGAAACCCCAUCAGAGAGAAACUGAGUAGAUAGCAUUUCACAUGUAGUUAGGCAGCUGCUCCUUACAGCUCUGAUAUGAGCAAGUCUACAGAUGUUUGCACAGCGUCACCAUCUUUGAAAGCAUCUUAUAUAAGCUUAAGUCUUUUUCGUCUUGUCUCAUUAAUGUUCUUUAGCCUAAAUGUUCUCAGCUUUCUAAGAGUGGUCUAGAAUUUUGUUGUGGGGGAACAGUAAGUGUUCCAUAGGUAGCCUGAACAGCCGCAUAUCAUGUUGGAAAUCCAGGGCCUAUUCAGGAUUUGACAUACUUGUAAUUUUCAGUUGACUUAAGACAGCUAUGGUUGAAUUGAAUUGAGGGGAUGCAUAAUUAAGUUAUUUAAUAUCAUUUCACUAAUGAAGACCAAUUGGUAGCUUUUUUAAAAAGCUUUUUAUUGUCCUGUUUCACCUAAAAAUUUUAUAAUGUUUUCCAAGUGUCGUGCUUUUAAUAUUUCAAAAAAAUCAUGUCAAGUCUUUGUAUGUAUCUAAAACUUUUUGUUGUGCUCUGUCUGCAAUGUAAUGCAUAGCACCUCAGUAGUGUGUGUCAUGUGCCGUUUGUGUGUGUGUGUGUGUGUGUGUGUACAUGCGCAUGUGCGUGCAUGUUUUAUUGCUGGACACAGAAAAGUCUUAGAAGUUCCAUACUGUAAGUCCUUAAAGGAACAGAAAUGUUACAUAGCCAAGUAGAAUUUGUUACUGUUUAGUAUUGUUUUAAAACCUAUUGAUACUAUUUAACCUAUCCUGCAAGUAAGAAAAUUUUUCUUUAUUUCUUACUCAUUUAAAUUUACUGGGUUUGCAAAAUUUUGUAAACUUUCUGUUUUUAGCCUUUGUAUUUUCUACAGCCUAGAACCUUGCAAAGUCUGAAUAUUUUUUAAAUGUUGUAUCUUAACUGAUUCACUAAUACAAUAUUUUUGGCAGAGAGCAUUUUCAUACCAAGUUUGAUUUGUGGUCUCCAAUCUUCCUGUGAGGGCCCUGGUGGCGUUUUCCUUUUCCAUACUAAACAGUAACCAAGUGCCUCUGAGUCAUGCUGAUUCGUAAACAACGAAGAGGGUUAUGUGUACCUGCUCAAGAAUUUUUGGUAAUUGCUGUUAUAAUUAAUUUCUAAUGAUGGGAACUUGUAAAAGUUGCUGAUAAGAGCAUAUCGUGCAUUUAAUUAAAUCAAGAUGGCUAAUGAAAUUACCUUCCUCCCCUCUUCUUGCCAGUUGGAAAUGAUGUAAUGUUCCUCCUUGCAGCUGUGUUGAAGUAGAUUACCAUAGGCAUCAAGAUGGCUAUAUCACAUGUUCCAGUGAUCUUAUACUCAGUUACUGCUUACUAAGCAGUAUUCAGAGAGAAACUUUACCCUGUCAUGUUGGACUCAAGGAUAGUUGGCUUUUAUCAAAACUUAUUUAAAUAAAAAAAUUGACAGUAGCUGGGUUAUUACAUUAUGCAACUGAAACUCCUGAAUUAUAUCUUUCCUGUAUCCCUUAAUAAGGUUGAAGACCACUGCAGUUUAGAGUAAUACAAUAAUAAAACAUUUUAAUCAGUACUAGAACUUCGAUGAAGCCAGUAAUGACGCAUGCCCAUAGUCGCUGACAGCAUGGGGCAGCGCCUCCUGCGGCCAGUGCCUUACUCCAGUGGACACCAAGCACAUGUAAGGUACAACACGUUGGACUGUGUCGUUUCGUUUUUAAUAUCCUCUGUUACCUCCUCAGAUAUAUUUGUUUAUUUUAAAUAUUCCUAUAUGCAUUAAUCUAAGCAUUUGGGUAUUUGGAGUCUCAGUAUACAAGAAAGAUGUACUUAAAUUUUGAUGCUUGUCAUCACCGCAUUGAUGGCAUACAGUAAUCUUCAUGUUUAGGUGCCAUUGUUGCCAAAACAUUGAAUGUUCAGUCUUUAGUGAAAAAUACAAAGUGCCAAAAAAAUCUCGCAAGACAGAAUCCGUGCAUAUACUCUUUCCAAGACACUGUGACCAUGUAUAGUAGACAUUUUUGUUUCCUAAUGACCAAAUCUCUCAACGAAUCAUGUUAAAUAUUUUUAGCACUUGUCAGUAUUCUCUCUUAUGACCUUCUCAUUGGAGUACACGGGGGGGAAGAGGGACAGCGACUGACUCCUGGCUCUCUACCAAGCCAAAGCAAGGGACUGUGGCCUCAGCUCCCGCCGCACAGAUCACAGCUCUCGGGGGCUGUGUUAAUAUUCAGUAAUAGCCUCAAAUUGUGGCUGUUUUUUAUGGCUAGAA